AUGGCCACUUCAAACGCUGUUAAGACCUCGCACAAGUUCGCAACUCCGCUUGAUGGAUCACAAUUUGAAAUGGGUGUGACAUUAGGUACCGGUUCGUUUGGCCGCGUACGCUUUGCGACGCACAGAGCGAGCAACACAUACUGGGCGAUUAAAAUCUUGAAGAAGGCUGAAAUAAUUCGACUGCAGCAGGUCGAGCACAUGCUUUCGGAAAAGUCCAUCUUGUUAUGUCUGGAUCAUCCGUUUAUUGUCAACUUGGCAGGCACAUACCAGGAUACCAAAUUUUUAUAUAUGGUGCUCGAGUACGUCAUUGGGGGCGAGUUCUUCACACACCUUCGAAAGGCUGGACGGUUCGACAAUAAUGCGGCCAAAUUUUAUGCAGCACAGGUGGUAGCCAUUUUUGAAUACAUGCACAAUCAGGAUUUCAUCUAUCGCGAUUUGAAGCCCGAAAAUUUACUACUUGAUAGUGAAGGCUACAUAAAGAUCACCGAUUUUGGCUUUGCCAAGCGAGUGGCGUUUAAGACGUACACACUCUGCGGCACACCAGAGUAUAUCGCACCUGAGGUAUUACUGAACAAAGGACACGGCAAAGGAGUGGAUUGGUGGACUUUGGGUAUAUUGCUUUAUGAAAUGCUUGCAGGACAGCCGCCAUUUUGCGAUGACGACCCCAUGGGCAUUUACCAGCAAAUACUUUCGGGAAAGCUGAAUUUUCCACGUUUUUUUGACCGAAAUGCAAAGGGUUUGAUCAAGCGAAUGCUUACAGCUGAUCUCACAAAGCGGUAUGGUUGUCUUAAGAACGGCGUUGAGGAUAUAAAGAAGCACAAGUUUUUUUCUGGUGUGAAUUGGGAGGAACUGCUAGCUCGCAAGGGUGCCGCUCCGAUUAUUCCACGCGUCGGUGGCACGAGCGCUGAGAAUUCGACAGGAAAUAAUGGUCAGCAAAGUCAGAAUGCAUCUCUAUUUAUCGCGAAGAUGCGGCAGUGA